AUGUCCCUGCUAGAGGCCCGCCGCAAACUGAUUGCGAGGCUCACGCUGCCCCCGGUGGUCCACCGAGGCCUGCCCCAACCCCUGCUAGUGCUUAACAACCUGCCCUUUUACGAUGACGACGACCUGCAAUGCGAUAGUAGCACCACGGUGUCGAAGUCGCUGCCCCCCGCCGAAACUGACUUCUCGACCAAUCUCCACGACCCGCUACUACUGCAAAUACCGUCGAAAUACCUCAGCCCCGAGGGCCUCAAGCUCGAGGGUGGCGACAUCACCCACGACCUAUACAAACUCAAACAGCCGCGGGCGCUCCGCCGAUCGUUUCUGUCUCUGCUGGUGAUCGAACAACAACGCAAGGGAUCUCGGGCUGGCCUGUUCAACGUCCCCGGUGGUUUCCGUCGCCAGUAUCUUUUGCAAAAGCACCAUGCCAACAAGACGCCAAACUUCGUCACCCGCAACUUUGUCGAGUUUCUCUCGAUCUACGGCCACUUCGCCGGCGAAGACUUGGAGGACGAUGAUGCUAUCAUCUGUCACUACCGGGCAGGUCACAUCCCCGAUGAAGAACAGGCGUUGUUAGGUGACCACAACGGUCGGGUGCGUGGUACUGCCUCUGAUCGCAAGGUGUUCUUUCUUCUUCUCAAAGCAUUUGUUGGUACUGGGGUGUUAUUUCUUCCCAAAGCAUUCUCUAACGGGGGCAUGAUGUUUUCCAUUGUGACGUUGGCAUUCUUUGGUGCCCUUUCCUACUGGUGCUAUUUGAUUCUUAUUUUCACCAAGGAGAAAGUGGCCGUGCUGCUGUUUGCUGAGAUUGGCCAGAAAUUAUACGGGCGCUCAUUCCAGCGCCUUAUCCUCCUCAGUAUCGUGGUUUCUCAGCUCGGGUUCGUGGCUGCGUACAUUGUUUUCACCGCCGAAAAUAUGAAAGCAUUUUUAGCUAAUACCUUGGGAAUUAACGUUCUGAAACCCAUGAUAAUAGCGGCUCAGGCAGUGCUUCUUACACCUUUAUCGCUAAUUCGUGACAUCACAAAGUUGCUGUUGCUGGCGGUGAUUGCCAAUCUUUGCGUGAUGUGGGGGUUAGUGACGAUUGUUUAUUACGUUUUACAUCAGUUGAUUGUGGUUCAGGAUUUCCACCCUGGACCCGGUGUUGAAUGGUGGUUCAAUGAGGAAAAGUUCUCGCUCUUUAUCGGUGUGGCUAUCUUUGCCUUUGAAGGGAUCGGUCUCAUCAUCCCCAUCCAGGAGCUGAUGAUCCACCCUCAUCACUUCCCGAAGGUGUUGGCCCAAGUGAUAUUCACCAUUCUGGCAAUCAUGAUUUUCAUGGGUACGAUCGGGUACGUCACUUACGGUAAGAAUAUCCACACUGUCAUUCUCCUCAACUUACCCCAGUCAUCGCCAGUGGUGUCGACGAUUCAAUUAUUUUAUCUGAUCGCCAUCCUUUUGCUGACGCCUCUCCAAUUAUUCCCCGCUAUCCGAUUGAUUGAGCUGAAGUUGAUCACGGGGCUGGGCAAAGCCCUGCUUGCGGCCAAAUGGAAGAAGAAUAUUUUCCGCACAGUGUCGGUGUUGGUCGUUCUGUUGGUGGCAGUCUUUGGCGGACAGAAUCUCGAUAAAUUCGUUCUGUUUGUCGGAUGUUUCGCUUGCAUUCCGUUAGUGUACAUGUACCCAGCAUUGCUCCAUUACAAGAGUUGUUGCGACGUCAAUGAACCAGGAAUCACUGACGAGCAACGCAAAAAGCGCUGGUGGUUGGGCGUGUUUGACUGGUUCCUCUUGGUCAUUGGCCUGGUCGCCUUAGUGUACACGACGUACGAUAUUUUAAAAUAG